GUGAGUACACACGACUCACUUCCUGUUUGAGUAGGGGGCAACGCUUUUCACGCGGCUCACGCAAAUCGUGCGCGUCUGUCGGCCGGAGGUGAACAUGGCAGACGUGUCGGAGAGGACGCUGCAGGUGGCCGUCGCGCUGUCCUUCGCCGCCGGCUUCCUGGCGGGCUGGCAGGGCAACAGGAUGAGGAGAAAGUUCCUGGACUGGAGGAAGAAGCGACUGCAGGCGAAACUGUCCGAGACGCAGAAGAAGCUGGACUUGGCUUGAAAAGAUUUGGAUGAGUCCUGGAAGUGUUCCGGUCUGCUGCUGUGGAGAAGAGACCUCGUGAUCCACCUGCGUGUUCCUACCACACCUUUGAAAUCACGACUGGACUUGAUAUUUCCUGCUUUGGAAAUACAACCCCCCCCCCCCCCCCCCCCCCCCCC